AAUGGGAAUGGGUUGAUCCGAAUUGGUGGUUUGAUUCUGGGGGUGCCGUUGAUAAAGAGGGUUGGGAAUAUUUCGAUAAUCGAUGGAAUAAUCCAUCUUCUAAAAGUGCAUUCAGAAGAUAUACUCGUAGGAGAAAAUGGGCUAGAACUGCUAGAAUGAUAGAAACGAUUCAGAAAAUUGAGAGUCCUCUUAAUUCAACAUCCGAACCGGAUGAGAAAGUCGAUCGGAGUGAAAAUACUAAUGAUUCAAGUGUCGAUAACAAACUUUCAUCAAACAACCACAAAGAUGAGGAAUCAAGUACAACAGAUCAAUAA